AUGACUACUACAAUCGCCGUCAUUAUUAUUAUCCUCAUCAUUAUUAUUAAGCUUUACGUUAUUUAUUCUCUUUCUUCAUUUUCUUUCUUUUCGAUAUUGUAUUCAUCAAUUUCUUUCUUUCUUUCUUUCUUUCUUUCUUUCUUUCUUUCUUCCUUUCUUUCUUUUCUAAACUACGUCCAUCACUUCCUUACUCUCUUUAUGACUUUCUCUCCCUCGUUCUUUCUUUCUUUCUUUCUUUCUUUCUUUCUUUCUUUCUUUCUUUCUUUCUUUCUUUCUUUUCUAAACUACGUCCAUCACUUCCUUACUCUCUUUUUUUUUUCUAUAUUCACAUUACAUUCACCAGUUUUCUUUAUUUCUUUUCGAGAUUAUAUUCAUGACUUUCUCUCCCUCGUUCUUUCUUUCUUUCUUUCUUACUUUUUUCCUUCUUUCUUUUCUAUACUGCGUCCAUCACAUCCUUACUAUCGUUCUUUUUUUUUCUACAUUCAGAUUACAUUCAUCACUUCUUUAUUUCUUUUCGAGAUUAUAUUCAUGACUUCCUCUCUUUCCCUCGUUCUUUCUUUCCUUCCUUCUUUUUUCUUUCUUUCUUUCUUUCUUUCUUUCUUUCUUUCCUUUCUAUACUACAUAUUAUUCAUGACUCUCUCUCUCUUCCUCUCUCGUUCUUUCUCUCUCUCGUUCUUUCUUUCUCUCACCAAUGAAGAAGAUGAUGAUGAGUGUAUAUAUAUCAUCAUUAUAUUUCGUCUUUUUUUCCUCCAUUCAACUCCUGAUUACAUUCAACACUUCUAUAAAUGUGACGAUCAAACCCGGUCGCCAGCGAACUCCGUCGCAAGGGCAACCAUAAUCAUCAUCUUAUUAAAGAUUUUCUCCUUCAUCAUUUCCGUCAUCUUCUUGUUUGUAUUCUUGGCUACAAAACACUUUUCUGUAAAUAUCCCCAUCAACAUCGCUGUCUUAUUAAUCCGUCUUUUUGCCACUUAUUACAUUGUGUAUAUUUUUUAUUCUAUCCUUGACAGCUGCGACCUUCAAAAUAUCACUAUCUAUCUAUCUAUCUAUAUAUCUAUCUAUCUAUCUAUCUAUCAUUUUUUGUGCCUUCAUUUUCUAUCUAUCUAUCUAUCUAUCUAUCUAUCUAUCUAUCUAUCUAUCUAUCUAUCUAUAUCUAUCUUAGGUUGUUCCCAUCUAUCUAUCUAUCUAUCUAUCUAUCUAUCUAUCUAUCUAUCUAUCUAUCUAGAUAGAUAG